GUGGUAAGCAGAUCUAGCUCACCCUGAAAUGCCGUUGCCACGACAAGACAUUAUCAAGGCAGCCUCGCAAAAAGAAUAUCAGCGUUCUACAAGCCUUGUCCGUGAUAUCCUGGGCAUUCCCACAGCAGGCUACCCAAAUCAUUUGACCGAUCCAGACAAGCCCUCGCUCGAGGGUCGCCAAAGGACAAUGAGGACCAAAAUGCACCUGUGUCUUCUCAGCCAGGCCCGCAACUCAAGCAAUCCUCUUCCCAAUCCCGGGACCUUUCUUCCCCGUCACUGCGGUCUGGAGCCAAGCAUCGAUGCGGUCCCUGGUAGCCUCCGUGGUCACUUCUGCGCGCCGUGCCUCGAGCUGGCGGGCCUCCUCUGCUUCUUCGGCAAUGAUCUUUGCCUGGCUGUCCGCUUCACCAUCGGCAUCGGCAAGACCUUCUUCUUCGUUUUCUUCUCCUCCUGCUCCGUGGAUCGCUGGUUCUGGCUCCGACGGGGCUUCAUUGCCGGGCUGAUGGGUGUUCUCGUCGGGCUUAUUGUUCUUGUCGUUGUCGUCGCUGCUUCGGGUGUUGUUCACCGGUACAUCGAUGUCCUGGUCUCCCCCUCCACCGCCCAACUUGGCUCCGCCGUCUUCCUGCUUGUCUGACUCAAG